AUGGAGUCUCUUUCUGAGAGAAUUCAGCUCAACUCCAACAAAUUAAGUUUCUUGGAUCAUUCUCGGCCCUCUGCGGGUAAUCAAAUUCGCACGUGCAAAGAGCAGCUGAAGCAGGAUGCUCUUGAGCUCUUUCGACUUGCCAGUGAACCUGAGGAAUACAUUGCGCACUUGUCGAUGAAUCAUCAAUACACGAUCUGCCUGCGCUGGCUCUUCAGUUUCAAUAUACUGGGACUUGUACCCUCAGACGGUUCGAUCAGUUACAGCAAUGUCUCAAUCGUGGCCAACGUGGCGGAGUCACACCUGAGAUCUGUUUGCCGUAUGGCCAUGACUUCCGGUCUUCUAUGUGAGCCAGAGAGUAACCGUAUUGCGCAUACACCGACGUCACGCCUGCUUGCAAAGAACGCCGAUUUUGCCGCGUGGGCCAGAUGCGUGACACAGUACAUGUACGAGGCGAGUUCGCAUCUGCCUGUAGCCAGUGGAAAAACCUUUGGUACUGGAAAGCCGGUGAUUAGCGCAUUCGAGGCAGCGUACGAAGUGGAAGGAGGGUUUCCAAAUCAGCUCCGCCAGAACCCAUCGCUUGCCAAAGAUUUCGGGGGCUUUUUGCGUGCGACUCAGCAGAUCUACGCUAACGACGUGCGCCACUUGGCCGAUGGUUUUGACUGGAAAAGCCUAGGUCGAGCGACCGUAGUUGACGUUGGCGCCAGCAGUAUCGAGCUAUGCGAACACCUGGCCAAAAGACACGAAGAUCUCAGCCUUCAACUGCAUGUUCCAUUGCGCAUCAGUGCUCAGAUCAACUCCCAGUACACCAAUAUACGUUCAGAUAAUCAGGCUAGGAUCGCCGUACAAACGUAUGAGGGUCAGGUACCGAGGAUUGACGAGGAUGCCAAUGUCUUCAUUCUCCGACACAUGCUGCACCACUUCCCAGAAGCAGCUGCAGUAGGAUUGCUUUCAGCAAUAGCAUCCCGCUUACUACCAGGAGGUACGAUCAUAAUUGCGGAUCUGGUGCUACCCGCAGCGCGUACGUCUUCGAUGUAUAGCGAAGGCAUGUUGAGGACGAGGGAAUUGAUUCACAAGGAACUUUCCAAUGGAGAGACGCGGUACGUUGAAGACUGGGAGAAUUUGGUUGCGAAGGCUGGACAUGGACUACAUAUCACCAAGGUGACCAAGCCAUUUGGGAGUGAUUUGUCGAUUAUAGAACUCCAGGUCGCCCGGCAAAACGGACACUGA